AUGCCACAUAUAAACGGCGAAGACGCGAGCUAUGUUCCCGAUAUCUGGUUCACCAAUCAGGCAGACAACACAUGGGAUGACUUAGCAAACUUUCUUAAUACCGAUCCACUGGCCGCUCUGCCCUCGGAGGAAACUGGCGCUCCGUCGUGGAUGGACGACUUCCAGUUCGACCAAUUUAUGGAGCCGCAACUGAUCUCCACUCUGGACCAGAACCAAAUUCCGGCCCCUAUCGUGAUACCUCUACCGGCCAACAAACCAGAGCCAUCUCCCUCACUUUCCCCAGUCUCCGUACCACUCCGGACACCCAGCCCGACCCCAGCGCCUGUCCCAGCUCCAGCCCGAGAUACAGACGCAGAUCGAUACGACUCGCCCGAUGCGCGGUGGCAAGCAGUCCUCGACCGGGCCCAGACCUCCUCCUUCGUCUACGGCGUAGUCUCCACCAAGAUCUACUGCCGCCCCACAUGUCCCUCCCGGCGACCCAACCGCCAAAACGUUGCGUUUUACGACACGAACGAGCAAGCCACCGAAGCCGGCUUCCGACCCUGCAAACGAUGCAGGCCCGAUGACGCAGCUGGGGAAGCCGCCGAGCAGCGGCAGGCCGCAGCAGUUGAAAGAGCCAAGUUCUUGAUCGAAGAACGCUCGAAACACGGCCAACGAAUACCCCUCGAUAAACUCGCGAGCCAGUCUGGCUUGAGCACCUUUUACUUUCACCGCGUCUUCAAGCGCAGGACUGGCUUUACGCCCGAAGAGUGGGGUAAAUUGUGUCGCGAGCGGUUGGCCGGUGCUACCAAAUGA